GUGGAGGAGUCGCCCGGGCGCGGCCCCGCCUGCACCGGCUGGCGCUCAGGGCGGUGCCCACGGCGCUGCGCGGGGCGGAUCAUCGCGACCCCCGGUCCCUCCCCGGGGCCGAGUCGCCGCGCUCGCGCCGCCUCCGCGCCAUCGGCGCAGUCGCCGCCGCCCGGCUGACCCGGCCCCGCGGCACCCGGACCCCGGCGGGCGCCGCAGUCCCCGCGAACCAUGGCUCAGUUGGGCGACGAGGCUCGGCCCGGGCCCGAGAGCACCGUCCAGAUCCGCGUCGCCAUCCAGGAGGCCGAGGACGUGGAGGAGCUGGAGGAGGACGACGAGGGCACCGAGGCGCGGGGAGCCGGGGACCCGACCCGGUACCUCAGCCCGGGCUGGGGCAGCGCCAGCGAGGAGGAGCCGAGCCGCGGGCACGGCAGUGCCACAACGAGUGGGGGUGAGAAUGAGCGUGAGGAGCUGGAGCCCGAGUGGACACCCCCAGACGAGGAGCUGAUCAGGAAGCUGGUAGAUCAGAUUGAAUUCUACUUUUCGGAUGAGAACUUGGAGAAGGAUGCCUUCCUGCUCAAGCACGUGAGGAGGAACAAACUGGGCUAUGUGAGUGUCAAACUGCUCACCUCCUUCAAGAAGGUGAAACACCUUACACGGGACUGGAGAACAACAGCCCACGCCUUGAAGUAUUCCGUCACCCUUGAGUUGAAUGAGGACCACCGGAAAGUUAGGAGGACCACCCCAGUCCCAUUGUUCCCUAAUGAGAAUCUCCCCAGCAAGAUGCUCCUGGUCUAUGACCUACACCUGUCCCCCAAGCUAUGGGCGCUGGCCACCCCGCAAAAGAAUGGAAGGGUGCAGGAGAAGGUGAUGGAGCAUCUGCUCAAGCUCUUCGGGACUUUUGGGAUCAUCUCAUCUGUGCGGAUCCUGAAACCUGGAAGAGAGCUGCCCCCUGACAUCCGGAGGAUCAGCAGCAGGUACAGCCAGGUGGGGACCCAAGAGUGUGCCAUAGUGGAGUUUGAAGAGGUGGACGCAGCCAUCAAGGCCCACGAAUUCAUGAUCACUGAAUCUCAGGGCAGAGAGAGCAUGAAAGCUAUUCUGAUUGGGAUGAAGCCACCAAAAAAGAAACCUUUAAAAGAGAAGAACCGCGAGGAGGAGCCGGGGUCGAGCAUCCACCUGAACAGGUCCCUGAACAGGAGAGUGGAGGAACUUCAGUACGUGGGCGACGAGUCUUCCGCCAACAGCUCCUCUGAGCCUGAGAGCAAUCCCACCUCCCCUAUGGCUGGCCGCCGACAUGUGGUCACCAACAAGCUCAGCCCUUCUGGCCACCAGAAUCUCUUUCUGAGCCCAAAUGCCUCCCCAUGCUCAAGUCCUUGGAGCAGCCCCUUGGCCCAACGCAAAGGCAUCUGUAGAAAAUCCCCACUGGCCGAAGAAGGUAGACUGAGCUCUAGCACCAGUCCAGAGGUCUUCCGCAAGUGCACAGAUUAUUCCUCGGACAGCAGCGUCACCCCCUCAGGCAGCCCCUGGGUUCGCAGGCGCCGCCAAGCAGAAAUGGGAACACAGGAGAAGAGCCCAGGGGCAAGUCCUCUGCUGUCUCGGAAGAUGCAGACAGCAGAUGGGUUACCUGUAGGGGUGCUGAGGCUGCCGAGAGGUCCUGACAAUACCAAGGGAUUCCAUGGUGGACAGGAGAGAAACAGGGCCUGUGUAUAAUACCUUCUAUUUUUAAUACCUGUUCCAUUGAAAACCAUCUUUGCUUUCAAGAUCCUCACAAAUGCCUGGCAUGACAGGGUGGAAUUCAGUCCCCUUUUGUAUACAUGUAGACCACUUAAUUUAUGUAUUUCUAAGGUAUACAAGUUGCCUGGUAUGGCAUGGUUUUAAGACCAUCUUCUAGCUCAGAGCAUCUAUUCCUCCCAGCAUGGCCAUUGUUUUGAUGAUGCCUGGAAUGUGGGUAAUGGCUCUGAAGGUCUGUGUGACAGAUUCCCUGGGAAGAUUUCGCAGUGAUCUUAUCAGGACUGGCUUUUUCCUUGCAGUGACUGAGCUGUUCUUGGCAGGCCAUGCAAGGGUUCUUCCUAAGACCCCAAAGGAAGUUUGUUGAAUGGCAAAUGGUUUGGUCAAUAGCAUGGUGUCUUAUAGAACCAAAUGUCUGUUCUCUGUCAAGUGAAUAAAUAAUAAAACACCCA